AUGGAAACCGACGAGGACUCGGACCGGCCAGUGUUCAUGCCAAGGAAGUCGCUGGCACGUAUACCUCCUCGCAGUCAUGAGGAGGUCACCAAGACAAGUGCCUGUACUUCAGGAGGCUUAAAGCGGACCCUGCAGUCACCGGAGGAAGUUGGUACGGCCCUGCAAAAACCGAGAAUGGAGCUGCGAAUGUGCCGCCCUACUACCCCCCGGCUCCCACCCCCCCUAUUGGUGCGACAUCCUCUGGCGGAGCACCAAUUCCGGACACACAGGGCACGCAUGGUCAGGCAUUGGACACGGGGUUGGAGAAAAGCUCCAAAAUGGAGCUCU